AAUGACACCUUGGAAGUUACUAACUCUGUUUUGCGCCAUCUCCGUAGCGUACGCCCACCCAAAAGCCCGAGAUGGCUACAGUUUACCGGAUUUGAUCAGUACGGAGGAGAAGUUCGCAGCUCUCCGAAAUCACGAAUCAACAACCGCAAGAAAUCCUAUUGAAGCUCCCUAUCGGAUUCCAAGCUACAUCGAACCGUUCCAUUACUGGGUUCGGAUCCGGACCGGGAUUCACGAGGGAAAUCAAACAUUCGAUGGCCGGGCAGCUUUGUACUUCAACGUUAAGAACCCGGUGAGAGCCAUUUACGUCCACCAACGUGGACUCAUUAUAGAAAAUGUGGAUUUAUACAUGUUGCCCGCCAACGCCACAUACGAGGAUAGGAUUCUCCUGGAUAGACCCAACUAUAUGCUGAAUCGCGAUAGAGAAUUCAUCAUGUUUUCAUCGCAAAGAAUCCUGGUACCCACCGAGUCGUACAUUCUGUAUUUCCGAUACUCCGGUGAGCUGAGGACCGAUGAGGAUGGAAUCUACGUAUCCAGCUACUUAAAUUACAACGGAGAUCGCAAAUAUUUGAUCGCAACUCAAUUCCAAGCCAUCAGUGCCAGAACUGCCUUCCCGUGUUUCGACGAACCUGCGUUGAAAGCUACCUUAGACUUGGAAAUCGUUCACCAUGGCAACUACAGUGCAGUGUCCAACACACCGAUCGAAGAGGUUGCAAACUACGAGCGCGAAGGUUUCGAAGGUUACGUCCGGACCUCGUUCGAAAGAACCCCGAAGAUGUCGGUAUAUUUGCUAGCUUUCCUGGUGUCCGAUUUCCUGUACACCACAGAGGACAAUCAGCGGGUGUUUGCCCGUUCGAAUGCAAUUUACCAGACGGAAUAUGCGUUGGAUUCGGGAUUGAAAACACUGCAGGCCAUGGAUGAAUAUAUUGGCAUUCCGUACAGCACGUAUAUGGACAAGAUGGAUCAGGUGGCUGUUCCGGAUUUCGCCGCCGGAGCCAUGGAAAACUACGGAUUCUGUCACCACAGGGAAUCCCUCCUGCUCAACGACCCAGAAGUAACGACUUACCGCACCCGCACAUGGAUUGACACCAUCAUCGCGCACGAGUACAUCCACCAGUGGUUCGGUAACGUCGUGACCAACGAAUGGUGGAGUUAUCUAUGGCUGAACGAAGGCUUCGCGACGCUAUACGAAUUCUACGCUGCCAAUCUGGCCAAGCCGGAGAUGGAGUACUUUGAGUUGUUCACCCUGGAAGUCACCCAGUGGGCAUUGGAUGCCGAUUCAUGGGAAGGAACGCGUCCAAUGAGCUACAGCAGAGGUGCCACUAACGAUGCAAUUAUUAGCUUGUUCGAUAACGUUGCCUAUUCGAAGGCCGGUGCUGUUCUGAACAUGUUCCGAGGCGUUCUUGGGGAUGAUGCUUGGAGUGAGAUGAUUAAAAUCCACCUGUUAGAUAAUGAACUGGGCGCAGUCAAUCCAGAUAGCUUGAUCGACGCGAUGGAACAGGCUACCGUAGACCUCGACAUUCUACCGGAGGGGGUUUCAAUGCAUGACUUUGUCAAAAACUGGACUGAACAAGCUGGGUAUCCGGUGCUGGAGGUUCGCAGAAACUAUCGCACCAACGAAAUCAUUCUUUCGCAAGAUCGGUUCUUCGAUAACAAAAUCUUAAAUAACGAUCCCACCUUGUGGGUUGUACCGUAUAAUGUAGUCAAUCAAUCAGUCGCAGACUUCAAUGAACUCUCCUGGGAUUGGUUGACUGAUCGUGCUGUGCGCCUUUCGACCAACGUACAAGAUGAUCGUUGGAUCAUUGUCAACAAACUCCAGACUGGAUUCUAUCGCGUAAACUACGACGUACAGAACUGGUACCUCAUCAUCGACGCCUUGACUGCCAACUGGGCCAGUGUGCACAGGUAUAAUCGAGCACAACUUCUGGACGAUGCCUUCCACUUGGCUUUAGCGAACCGCCUGGAUAUGGAGGUCUUUUUGGACUUGAUGGUCUACCUGCAAAACGAGAUGGAAUAUCCUCCGUGGACUGCCGUGAGUCCAAUCAUUGGCUACUUCUACAACCGACUCCGCGGCACGGAGAACUAUGAAAACUUCCAACGAUUUGUGCACAGCUUGUUGCAACGUGUCUACGGUACACUUUCGAUCGACUCGGUUGGUGAAAACGAAACCAACCUACACAAGUUCAUGAAGCAAACCAUCUCCACUUGGGCUUGCAGGACUGAACAAGAAGACUGCCUGAACCGCACCCAUGUUCUACUGAACGAAACUGUCCAGCAGAGUGGGUUGGUCCACCCGGACAUUAGCGCCGUUACGUACUGCUUCGGACUACGUGGAUCUACCAAGGAAGCGUUCGUAUAUCUGUACGACAUACUCAAAACUAGUGACAACCAAGCUCUGCGGACGCUGCUCAUCGACUCGCUGGGAUGCUCCGACGAUCAGGUAGAAUUGAGAGCUUACCUGUACACUGCAGUGGGUGGUGUCAUCCAAAUCAACUACUCCCAGGCGGAGCGAAGAAGAGUUCUGAACGCAGUCGCAGCCGGUAGCCGCGAAGGUGUCGAUGUGCUGAUUGAUUUCCUCGUUGAUUUGUACGACUAUGUUUUGCAACAUCUCGGACAAGGCUUCCUCAACAGCAUUGUAGUUAACAUUGGCUCCAAAACGAACAAUGCUGCUGAACUGGAUCGGUUGGAACACCUCCUACAAUCGCUUGACCGUGCCAUCCCACAGGCAGUGGCCAAUUCGGCACGAGCCGCAGCCGCUCGUAACCUGGCCUGGCCCUCGACCCGGGAAGGCCUCAUUGUGGCCAGCUUCCUGGAGAACUACAGCAGCAAUCGUGUGUAGUAAGUAGGUGAAGUCUUCGAAAUGCUGACCAAUUAUGGAAGGGAUAAUAAAAAUUCUAUCGAAAAUUAACGAUGGCAGCCAUCUAUCUUUAUGGGGA